UGCAUCUGUCAAAUGCCGUAAAGUGAAAAAGUGUGUGCUUGUUUACUUGUCAUUAAUUGCAUAUUUUAUUUAAAUAGAACUAACGGAGGUAAAAAGAAUCUUGCAAUUAAAUGUUCCACUCUCGAAACAGAUUUGGAGGAUUUCGCUUACCACAAAGUAAGGAAAUGGAUGCUCCUAAAACUUCUGACGUUGUCCUCGUGGCGGGUAACUCCCACCCCGAAUUGGCUAAUUUGAUAGCAAAAAGGCUUGGCGUGAAAGGUGGAGGUUGUGCUGUUUAUCACAAAUCCAAUCGGGAGACAAUGGUGAAGAUUGGAGAUUCAAUCAGAGGAAAGGAUGUUUAUCUGAUCCAAACUGGAACAAAAGAUGUGAACAACAACAUCAUGGAGUUGCUAAUCAUGGCCUAUGCCUGCAAAACUUCUUCUGCUAAGUCCAUAGUGGGAGUUAUUCCUUAUUUACCCUAUAGUAAGCAAUGCAAAAUGCGCAAAAGAGGUAGCAUAGUCACAAAACUAAUUGCCCAGAUGAUGGUCAAAUCAGGACUCUCCCAUAUCAUAACAAUGGACCUACACCAAAAGGAAAUCCAGGGAUUUUUUGAUUGUCCUGUUGACAAUUUAAGAGCCAGCCCAUUUUUAUUACAAUACAUCCAAGAGAGUAUUCCAGAUUAUCGUAAUUCGGUGAUUGUGGCGCGUAAUCCUGGCUCUGCUAAGAAAGCCACCUCCUACGCAGAACGUUUGCGUCUAGGCAUCGCUGUCAUUCACGGCGAACAGAAGGAAUCCGAAUCUGACGAGGUGGACGGUCGUUAUUCGCCCCCGACCAUUCCGCGGUCUCGUACUAUGGAUGCUGGUGUCGGAGUUCCGGUGUUCAUUGCCAAAGAAAAACCACCGAUUAACGUGGUCGGUGAUGUUGGAGGAAGGAUCGCUAUCAUGGUGGACGAUUUAAUUGACGACGUGGCAUCUUUCGUGGCUGCCGCAGAGGUUUUGAAGGAACGUGGCGCUUACAAGAUUUACGUAAUGGCAACUCACGGUCUGCUCUCUUCUGAUGCUCCUAGACUUAUUGAAGAUUCCCCUAUUGAUGAAGUUGUAGUUACCAAUACAAUUCCCCAUGAACUACAAAAGAUGCAGUGUCAUAAAAUCAAAACGGUUGAUAUAUCGAUUUUGCUCUCGGAGGCGAUUCGUAGAAUUCACAACAAGGAGUCUAUGUCGUAUCUUUUCAAAAAUGUGACUUUGGAAGACUAAAUCUCAAAAUACUAUAUCAACAACUAUCAUGUUAUUGUAAAUAUCUAUUGAGUUCCCAUUUUUUACAUGAAAAUGUAAUUUAUAUAAUCUGGAAACAUUUAACCUAAUUGUGAGAAAAAUGUUGAUUUUAUAUUACUAGACUUUAUAACACUAAGUAUUUUUGCGGUAUUUUUCUAUGGUAUUAGUUAUAGUAUUCUAUUAAAGUAUUUUAACAUGGUAGUAUAUGAAACAAAUAUGUAUUACUUCGUUUUUUGAAGUUAAGUGCUUGUUCAUUUGGUUAUUUUUUGAAUUUGCUUUGUUAGCUAAUGAAUAAAAUGUAUAUAAAUCAUUAA